CAGCCGCAGGCAGCCAACAUGAGGCUGAUGGAGUGGGACGACGAGCUGGCUUUGAUUGCUCAGGGUCAUGCCGACCAAUGCAUCUUCGAGCACGAGUGUUCGGACUGCCGUCGCGUCUCGAGGUUCGGUGUUGGGCAGAACCUUUUCAUCAGCUUCCAGAGCAACUUCGAUACACGCAUCCAGUGGGGGCGAGCCAUCAAGGCCUGGUAUGAUGAGGUCGCGGAGUUCAGCCCGUCAGCAAUUCAGCCUUUCCAAUUCUCGACUCCCGUGGGCCACUACACCCAGAUGUUGUGGUGGAGCUCCUACCGGGUAGGAUGCGGCUACACUAUGUUCCAGGAGGACGGCUGGUGGAAGAAGCUCUACACCUGCAACUACGGUCCAGGAGGAAACAUCAUUCUGAGCCAGAUGUACCGUCGGGGGUCGCCGUGCUCCGCCUGCCCCGCCGGCACCUCCUGCUCCUUGCAGUACCCAGGACUCUGUGGAAUUACCCCCUUCUAAUAAGCAAAUCUGUAGAUAGCACUAAGGACUAACUGUAAUAAUAACGUAGUAAUCAUAGCUGUGUACGCUACCCCGGUGUUUGGCGGUGUGGCGUACAAGGAACGUCUGAUUCAAUAU